UUUAAAAUGUAUUUUGAGGAAGUCUCCCUACAUUGCUGCAGAUGGCAUGGAAUGUUUGAUUUUCUCACCUUAGUCUCCAGAUUAGCUGGAAUUACAGGCAUGUGCCAUCACAUGCAACUUUUAUUUUUUUAGACGAGGUUUAAAUUUACAGCAGAAUUAAAAGGUACAGAAAGUUCCCAUAUUUUCCUUGCCUUGGCACAUACAGAGCCUCAUUAUCAACACCUCUCAUCGAAGUGGUUACAUUUGCUCCACUUGUAAUUCUUUUUGAUCAUCCUUCAGAGGGACUUGCUGAGUGGAGGAGGGCUACUAACUUAUCACUGAAAAUUUUGCAUAGAGCUAUCUCUUAUCUCCAUUUGCUCUUGUUUUAAAAUGAGUUAGGGGAAAAUCAGAACACAGGUUAGCUAACAGGCAAACUCCUAACUAUGAUUUUCGGUGAAAGAAUUCAAAAGAGGAAUGACCAGUUGCUCUCGGUCGUAACCAGCCUUUGAAAAAGGAGAAACCAAAAUGGAAAAGCGAUUAUCCUAUGACAGACGGACAGCUGCGCAGCAAGAGGGACGAAUUUUGGGACACUGCACCAGCUUUUGAAGGCCGGAAAGAAAUUUGGGAUGCCUUGAAGGCUGCUGCACACGCUUUUGAGAGCAAUGAUCAUGAACUGGCACAAGCAAUCAUUGAUGGUGCAAACAUAACCUUACCACACGGUGCGCUUACGGAGUGCUAUGAUGAACUGGGGAGCAGAUACCAGCUUCCCGUGUAUUGCUUGGCACCGCCAAUCAACAUGAUAGAGGAAAAGAGCGACACAGAGACUCUGGACAUUCCUGAGCCACCACCCAACUCUGGCUACGAGUCCCAGCUCCGACUUCGCCUCUCCACAGGCAAAGACCUCAAGCUUGUGGUGCGCAGCACAGACACGGUGUUCCACAUGAAGAGACGCUUGCACGCAGCCGAAGGGGUGGAGCCGGGAAGCCAGCGGUGGUUCUUCUCAGGCAGACCUCUCACCGACAAAAUGAAGUUGGAGGAGCUGAAGAUCCCCAAGGACUACGUCGUGCAGGUGAUCGUGAGCCAGCCCGUGCACAACCCCACGCCAGUCGAGAACUGAGCCGAGCCAGCUCCCCCUCUCCUGUUUGUUAUUGUUGUCAUUUUCAACUCUGUGGCGUGAAACCUAUUUUCACUGCUCUGAAUUCCCUAUGAAUGAAUUUAGUUCUGAGGAAUUACCAGUGAAAAAUUCCAUCUGUGAUGGAGACCAACAAAAAUAAUAAAACACAAAGAGCCAGCCUUUGAGACUCAUGUAACUACAAUUUCUAAUUUGAGAGGCAGUUAAGAAAUAGAUAACCAUUUAUUUUAAAACACUCAACUACUUAAUGGCUGAAUUUAAAUGAUUUAGACUGUAAGUGGAACAUUGUAACCUUGAAGAACAGCACCAAGCACCUUUGAAUACAGAAUUUUUAAAACAUCUGUCAGAUUAUAUAAUUUCCAGAUGUCACCAAUAACGGUUAUAAUUUUUUGAUAGAAUCUGAGAAGAGCAGUAUUUGAGAUUCAUUUCUGUUCUGGUUUUUUGUUAGCUCAUUUCAUAUUUAGCCAUAAAGGAGUAAGACUGGCAAAUUGUGUUUCAGUGUUGCUUUUCCCAUCCCCACAUGUUGAGCCCCUUAUUGACAGUCACACUAAGUUUGGGUGCCUUGAGCAUGUUUGAUGGCCGGGACCCUUCUGAACACCAGGCAGUAAGUAGUUCGUGCAGUCCUGUUUCUGAUUUCCACCUGAUCCUUGGGUGCUGCGUAGGUGUUUUGGAAUCCUGCACAGACAGCUGUUUUCAUGUCUGGCUUAGAAGGUCACUACGUCGUGUACCUUCCGUACUCCCUGCUCUGUUUGCACUUGCAUCGCCUACCCUGCCCCAGGCCCACAGUCCCCGGGCGGGAGGCAGGAGUCUAUUACUCUUCCCACCACGAGGCAGUGCAGUGAGGCUCUCCCGGCUCUGCAGGGGUGCAGGGAAAGCCCAGUCCUCCUGUGCCUGGGAGAACUUGCAGAGAAACUUUCGACUGAGAAUCCAGAGUGAAAGGUUUGCUGGUGUUGCUUUCACAUUAGCAGUGACGUGGCAGCGCUUCAGACCUCAGUGCUCCCCAGUUCACUGUUACCCUCAGCCAAGCGGAUAACAGUUCUUCUCUCAUCUUUUCUUGCAAAGAGGCAAGUUAAGAACCAUCUGCAGAAUCAUGUUUGGUGGCCAGGAACUGAGAAAUCUGCGAAGGCCUGAGUCUUGGGUGCUGUGGCUGAGUAAAGCUGCCCAGGGCUGCGUUUAAUUUGGAGACCCUUAAGACCUGGCUCUGAGAGAGAAGCGGACUCCCUCCCUUACCAGGCUGUGUCCUGGGGCCUCCGUGAGGAGGAAGGGGAGCAAGGAGCAUGGGUGCCGUGCUGGGGGGAGGCACACCUCCACAGCUACUUGGGUGUGAGCACCUUGUUAGUUAAAGUGACAAAAUGAAACUGCUAAUUAGUCUAAAUGCAUUGUUUAAAAAUGGUAUUAAAUCUCCUAUAGCCUGAUUAAGUAUAUCUAUAACUGUAACUUUAUCAUGUUUCUGAGAGCUUUAACUACUUCCCUAAUGUUAUUCGAUCACUUUAAAGAUUGUGGCUACAUCUGAUUUGCUUGUUGAUGAUUGACUCUAAAUUCAAGAGAAACAGCAGCAUUAAUUCCAGAGGAGAAGUUUUCCCUCAGAGGUGGGGCUAGGAGGGCAUUUCAGUAGAUCGCCCUCAUCCAAAAGUUUUUGUUCAUCGUUGCCACACUGAACAGCAGCAUCUCUCAUGUUCAUCAACUGGAAAAAAAAAAUGUUUAAACUGAUUUUUCUUAAGGAAAUUUGUUAAUGUCAUCAAUAAUCUAUGGUUGGUAAAAGGUCCUGAUUAUUGAAGAUUCUCUCUCUUUAAGAGUUAUUUUAUUUUAAAGGAACAUAUACUUUGAAUAACAAUUUUCUGGGCAUGUUUAACCUAGGUAAGAAAACCAUGGUGCUGUUUAAUUGUUAAUAGAUUGAUAUAAGAUUGGACCAAUACUUGAUGUGUAUAAUUUUAGUAUGUAGGGUUUUUGUGCUUUUUUUUAAAAAAAAAAAAGUUAAAUUUU